GGACGAUAAUAAGCCUUACCAUGGAUAUCUAUAUCCUGGAGCUGCUCCUGCGAACGUGCUGAGCAGCUGUGGACUUGUUCCUUGUGUGUGUGGCUUUUAAUACUCGAUUUUUUGACUGUGUGUGUGUGGCUUUUAAUACUCGAUUUUUUGACUGUGUGUGUGUGUGGCUUUUAAUACUCGAUUUUUCAGAGACGCGAUAUAAAGCGUGCUGCAGGUGCGAGUACUGGAACAGGAAAUACCUUAAACGUGAAGGAAUCUUGAUAUCACAUCGACCAUUAGUCGUUUUAAAUCCAAUGGGACUUUACUUUUGUUGAACCCUGUGUUUGGCAGCGGCUUCAGGUUGCUGAGAUGAGUUGCAGACUAUGGCAGCGAUAUCCAUUAGAUCACUAACCAGUUCGGGAGUCCCACGCUGCUCAUUUUUGCUGUUCAUUAUUGGCUCCCUUCUUUUCUUGUGUUGAUCUUGGUGACAAAAGUGAUGGCGAUUGAGUUCAUCAAAAAUUGCUGCAAGGGCUUGCUGUCGAAAGAGAAAGAAACUGAACCUGAAGCCAUAAAGGAACGUGAUGCUCCAACCAGGUAUAGGAAGUCUCUGAGUGACACAGAGAGUGAACGGCCGCCAGUGGGAUACGUUUAUGGGAAGAAGCAAGUCGGAUGCACCGAGCACUUCCUCCUCUCCAGACCGCCUUUGGAUGGGAAGCAGGUCCCUUUUGUUGUGCCAACCCUUAAACCGUCCUACAUCCAACCCAACAGUCAAUUGAACUCCAGCUACCCGGAAGGACUGCAAGGUUCAGCCAAGAGUAUGUUCAAUGACAGGAAGGGGGAGCUAUCUGGUAUGAGUCAGCUUGGGGUAGAUCCUGAUGCGGUGUUCCACCCCAGCUAUAUGCUCCAUCAUGUGUCUCCGGGAUCAGCAAGACGUCCACAUCAGCAAAUAAAGGGACCGAACAAACAUGGAUCAGUGUGGGACUUGAAAGGCAACAAGUCACCAGUCUCCCCAGGUUUAAGCAGCUCCAUGUUUGAUCUUGCUACACCACACAGUCACAUUCAGCGCUAUGACUCGGUGUCCAGUGUCCGGAGCAGUGAGUCCUCUAUGAGAGAUUCCCUGGGGAGCAAUCGCAGCCUAGAAUCCGUAACUCUCUCUGGGGAUGAAAGGGAGUUGGGGAAGCUGCAUGUGAGACUGUGUUAUCAAGAUUCUCAUGAGCAGAUUUGGAUCACAAUAGUCAGGUGCAAAGACUUAUAUCUGAGCGGAGACCAUCCUAGUAUUGGGAUUAAAGGGACCAUCACCUUACCAAAGCCAGUGCAGUUCAAGUCUUCAGUCAAAGAAGGCACUCAUGACCUGGAGUUUAUGGAGACCUUCGUGUUUGCUCUAAAGCUGCAGCAGCUCCAGACAGUGGGCCUGGUGUUUAAGGUGCUGAUCCACCACCCUCGGAAGAGAACCAUUGGGGAGUGUGCCAUGUCCCUGCACAAGCUUAGCUCUGUGGAGAGUGAACAUUGGCUGGACAUCACUCCCAUUUCCAAAGCCACCCUGCCCUGCCAUGCUGAGCUCCAAAUUGGAACCUGUUUUCAGCCAGUCAGCAGCAGGAUUCAGCUGCAGAUUAUGGCAGCACAGAACCUCUCCAUCUCUUCCACACCACUAGGCCCGAGUUUCUCUGUGAAGAUUGAGAUGCACGAUGUGAAUGGUCUGGUUACUAAGAAGAAGACCAGAGCACUGAAGUCCACCAAUGGACAGGUGAAGUGGGGCGAGACCUUCCUGUUCCCCAUCGCACAAGAGAAGCAAGGUAUCCGUUUCACUGUCCGACUGUACAGCCGCAGCUCUGUGCGGAGGAAACACUUCCUAGGCAAGGUCCAGAUGGGCUGGGAAAACAGCUCCAGUGAGGCAAAGGAACAGUGGAUGGAUACAACCAUGAACCCUGAAAAGGUGGUAGUCAUGUGGCAGAAGCUAAACCCAAUCUGAGGGAACCUCUCCAUAGGAACUGUGUACAGAAUAAUGCUUGGACUUUUUUUUUUUUUUUUUUUUUUUUAAUUGUAGCUUACAAUUGGACUACCUUCUAGUGCUUGUAUAGUUACUAGACAUUGUUCAUUCUCAUGGAAGCAAGCAAACUGCCUUUUUUGAAGAAACUUCAUUCAUGGAGAUAUUAAGGACAACUCUUUUCCGGGAUUAACCUGGUCAACUGCCUCCUAUACAGUUUACAUUGAAAGUAACUGACUUACCAUGAUCUGUAAUAUUAUGGACAAAACAAACCUCAUUGUGAAAGGGCUUGUCUUAAACUUUGAAAACUGAUCGAUGUAAGAGGAGACCAAUUGUAAAGGGAGGAAUUAAAAUGAUGUUUGAGCACUGAG